AUGGGCCACACAACGACCAGCCAAUCAAACAACAUGGGCCACACAACGACCAGCCAAUCAAACAACAUGGGCCACACAACGACCAGCCAAUCAAACAACAUGGGCCACACAACGACCAGCCAAUCAAACAACAUGGGCCACACAACGACCAGCCAAUCAAACAACAUGGGCCACACAACGACCAGCCAAUCAAACAACAUGGGCCACACAACGACCAGCCAAUCAAACAACAUGGGCCACACAACGACCAGCCAAUCAAACAACAUGGGCCACACAACGACCAGCCAAUCAAACAACAUGGGCCAAACAACGACCAGCCAAUCAAACAACAUGGGCCACACAACGACCAGCCAAUCAAACAACAUGGGCCACACAACGACCAGCCAAUCAAACAACAUGGGCCACACAACGACCAGCCAAUCAAACAACAUCAACCUAGCAACAAGUUCUCCGAGGUACUUCUCUCUGCCACUUGGAUCACGUGCCCAGGCCAGCCUCCCGUUGUUCGUCUACGUGGGAAGAAUCAAAAAUCAUGAAUGUUAUAUGCAAUAA